AUGUCCGAGGUCGAGGAGACGCUCGAGCGCGUGAAAAUCCAAGCGGGCGUCGAGGGCUACGUCAUCUGCUCGAAGCAGGGCCAGGUCCUCCGGCGCCUGCCGUCGAUGACGCAGGCGCAGGCGGAGAUCUACGCGGACUUCAUGUCGCAGCUCUCGAGGAAGGCGCGCGGCGUCGUCCGGGAUCUCAACCCGAAGAACGAGCUGCGGUACCUUCGACUCCGCGCGAAGCGCCACGAAGUGCUCGUCGCCUUCGACCAGGAGUUUCUCGUCAUAGUCAUACAACGCUGGACGCCGGCGAGUACCUAG